GCAGGGCGGGGACGGGUGUCCCCGUUUCUCUCCGAGAGCCAGGGCGCGGCGCAGCCACUCGGUGCGCUCGGAGGCGGAGCAGGGGCCACCCGAGCCUGAGCAGCCGCCGCUUUCUCGGCUGCCUGGAGACACAAAGGCUGCGGAUCUCGCCCAGGAGCCGGGCGAGGCGAGUGGAGCAGCUCCAGUCCCGCCGGGGCCCCGCUUGGAGAGCCAUGUCCUGCCUGGAUUACCUCGCUGCCGAGUGCCUGGUGUCCAUCUCCAGCGGGGCUCUGAUCCACCCCGCCGCCGCCUCCAGCCUCCCCAGCCCCGAUCCCGCUAGCAGCGAGGACCGUGAGGUGCGGGACACCCUGCGGGGCGCAGCCCCGGCGACGGCCGGCUGCAGGGCGCGCCCCGGUUCGGCGCACUCGGAGAGCAGCAACUCGUCCUCGUCGGCCGGAGGGGGGGACCUGGAGAGCGGCUACACCACCCUGUCCGACGGGGGCGGCGGACCCCAGCGCGCCCCGCUGCCCGGCCACAGCCCCAGCCUGUCCUCCCCGGGCAAGCGGCACCGCUGUCCCUUCCAGGGCUGCUGCAAAGUUUAUGGCAAAUCGUCCCACCUGAAGGCGCAUCUGAGGACGCACACAGGUGAGAGGCCGUUCCCGUGCACCUGGCCCGACUGCUCCAAGAAGUUUGCGCGCUCGGAUGAGCUGGCCCGGCACUACCGCACCCACACUGGGGAGAAGAAGUUUGCCUGCCCGCUCUGCGAGAAACGCUUCAUGCGCAGCGACCACCUCACCAAGCAUGCCCGCCGCCACCCCACCUUCCACCCCUCCAUGGUCAAGCGGCAGGGCUGCCCCAGCGUCUCCCCCAGCGACUCAGCGCCCGGCAGCCUGGCAGGGAGCCCCAUCGCUAGCCCUUCCCCCAGCCCGGCCAAGUUCCUGUAGGGGCUGGUGCUGCUCCAAGCAGGGACCAAGUGGCACGGACCCCAAAAGGUGCCGCCUGGCCCAGGCCAGCCCGGGAAGCCACCGAGAAUGCCCGGUGUCAAGGCUGCCCUUGGAUCUGUGGGGCGAGUGAACCGUCUGCUCCUCCCUGACGAGUCCCUGCUCGCGGGGCCCUUCCACCUUGUGUUCUGGGUGUCUUUGAGCAGCAGCCUCUCCCCACCUGGCUUCGUGGUGAUGUCCAGCAUCCCCCACCCCCAGCGUGCGUGGCACAGUGGUUGGGCGUCCAGUCCCGCAGGCCAUGCUGCUCCCCCUUUGCGGCUGUGGAAGGACCUGGGCGGGGGGAAGGCUAGGACCUUGCCCUGACUUCCCCUUUCGUAAGCAGAUUCCCGCAUGGUGGUGGGAGGUGGCGCCUCUCCGGGAACCCCCAGCUACCAUGAUACCAGACUCUCUACUGGCUCGACUCGUGCGGGGCUGUUUCGCCCUGGAGAUGCUGAGGGGCAAAUCAAGGCCCCUUGCCUCCUCUCUGGUUUACCCUCCUGGUGCUGGUGCAGUGACAGUUCCCCAGCAGGGAGCACCCUAGGGACGGUUCCAACUUGCACCUUGGGGACUCCUUGACGAAGGCAGCUUAAACCAGGCCAGUUCUGCCUCCCGUCCCCAGAGGCUGUGACUGCUUCGCUCUUGGGACAGAAGGCUGCUCAGGGAGGAGAUGGCAGGUGGCUGAAGUCCCCUGCGUCUCCCACUUCCCCUCCCCUCUCCUCCUGGAAACCAGGACCUGCUCCCCUGAAAUUCACCCCUCUGCCCCCAAGGGAAGCCCAACAUAUGUGUAUAUAUAUA